UUCUUGUUCGAUUCUUGUUCGAAAUCUCGUCUCGGUUCGAUCUCAUUUUAUGAAAUUUCUUUCUCCUCACUUCCUCCAUAUUCUCCUAAUUACCCCUUUUUACAACAGUUAAGGGGAAAGCUACCGAAAUUUUAAUUUAAAAUUCAUUAUUUGUCGAGCUCUAAUUUUUUAAAAAUUAAAAGGAAAUGGUUAACAAUUUUAAAAUAUUUCCUUUUAUUAUUUCCUUCAUUUUAUUUUUUCUUAUUUCCAAUUCAAAUUCUAUGCGUCAACAAGCUAUAGGGGCUAAAGGAAGAUUGUUGUGUGGAAGAAUGGAUCCAGACGAUCAAUUAGAUUCUACCCGAACAGAUGCAAACGGUCAUUUUCAAUUGGCGGGGGAUGAGCGGGAAAUGACUAAUAUUGAUCCUCAAUUAAAAAUAUACCACGACUGCAAUAAAGGGAUUAACCCCUGCCCUCGUAAAUGGAUUUUGAAUCUCCCAGAUAAAUACAUAUAUUCUGGCCGUGCUCCCCCCAAAGUCUACUAUGAUAUGGGCGAAGUUAAUCUUGAGGUGGAAAUUGAGGGAGAGUCUUUUGAUUGUAUUCAUUGA